AUGGAGACCAAGCGCUCCAGCCUGGAGAUGAACCUCUUCCGCGCCCCCGCCGCGGCCCGGGCCGCCAAGACGCUCGACCGGGCCCUCUUCUCGCGCACGCUGCCCACGGCCGCCGCCUCGGUGCGCGACAACCGCCUGCUGUCCAAGUACCGCAAGCAGCUCGAGAAGUCGCGCGAGCUGCUCAUGCUCGACCGCUUCGACUCCAUCGCCGCUGACCCGGACCGCGAGCUCGUGUCCCAGGGCCGCAAGUGCCUCAUCCUCAAGCCCGAUGUCAAGCCUUCCCAGCCUGACACAUGGAGCUCGAUAUUGCAAGAGGCGUCCAGAGAGGGGGAUAUCAAGGUCGUGCCGUUCGAGGUCACCAUUGGCUAUGAGCUGUGGAGUUACUUGGAUGUCAUGAGAUCGAUACUGCCUGAGGAGCUCCACGGCGAGAUCCCCGUCGGGUUCAACACAGCAGGUCACGUCGCGCACCUCAACCUGAGGAGCCAGUACCACCCCUACAAGCACAUCAUCGCCCAGGUCAUCGUCGACAAGAACCCCGGCAUCCGUACCGUCAUCAACAAGACGGACAAUGUCGGCACCGAGAGCGAGUUCCGCACCUUUUCCUACGAGGUCCUCGCCGGCCCCGACGACAUGCUCGUCGAGGUGAGCGAGGCCGGCUGCGUCUUCAAGUUCGACUACUCCCAGGUGUACUGGAACACCAAGCUGGGAACCGAGCAUCAGCGAAUCACCGCUCUCUUUAAGCCCGGCGAGGUCGUAGCAGACGUCAUGGCUGGCAUUGGGCCCUUUGCCGCCCCGGCCGGCAAGAAGGGCGUCUUCGUAUGGGCCAACGAUAAGAAUCCAGAGAGCUACAGGUAUCUCGAGGACGCGAUAAGGAGAAACAAGGUGUCCGAGUUUGUCAAGGCGUUCAACUGCGAUGGCCAUGACUUUAUCAAGAAGGCGGCCGAACUCGUCCUCGAGGCCUCGCAGCGGGGUGACUGCGCCGUGGUCAAGCCCGCAAAAGUCCCGAGGAGCGCGCCACCAGAGUCUCGCCCGCAGCCCGUCCGGGUCCCCGUGCCCCCGACCGUCUCUCACUUCGUCAUGAACCUCCCCGCCUCGGCCCUCGAGUUCCUGCACAACUACAAGGGUGUCUACUCGGGGCAGGAGAAGCUCUUCGCCCCGCACACGGAGACGCGGCUGCCCAUGGUCCACGCCCACUGCUUCGCUGUCAAGGCAGACGAUGCAACCGCCUUCAACGACAUCUGCCAGCGCAUCUACAACGAAAUCGGGGUCCGGCUGCAGCCAGGUGACGCGGAAAUCGAUGGGCAGGUGGCAAUCCAUGAGGUCCGCGACGUGGCGCCUGCGAAGCGCAUGUUCUGUGCCAGCUUCCGCCUGCCGCCCGAGGUCGCCUUCGCUCCCCGCAAAUGA